AUGGUCCAGGGGGGCGAGCAUUUAGAGGUGGAUAUUGAGAAAAUCCAUCAGGUCGCCAAAUAUUUAACCAAGGCCGAGAGAGACAGCGGCCUCCCCCGGUCAGCUGACCGGCGUCACGUGACCCAGCAGCGCCGAGGAGGAGCGGCCGGCGCGUCCCUCAUGGCUCGACCCCCCGGCUCGUCACCGAUGCUGCUGCUGCUGGCGGCGCUGGGCCUCCUUCCCCGGCGGGCCGCCGCCGCGCCUUACGAGCCCACCUGGGGGUCUCUGGAUCUGCGGCCGCUGCCCGCCUGGUUCGACGAAGCCAAGCUGGGGGUCUUCAUCCACUGGGGCUUGUUUUCCGUGCCCAGCUUUGGCAGCGAGUGGUUCUGGUGGUAUUGGCAGAAAGAAAAGAAAGAACCUUACAUAAAAUUUAUGGAGACAAACUACCCUCCUGGAUUCAGUUAUGAAGAUUUUGGGCCCUUGUUUACAGCAGAGUUUUUUGAUGCUGACAAGUGGGCAGACAUUUUGAAAUCUUCAGGUGCCAAAUAUGUAGUCUUGACUUCAAAACACCACGAAGGUUUUACUCUGUGGGGAUCUAAAUAUUCUUGGGCUUGGAAUGCCAUUGAUGUUGGACCGAAACGAGAUAUUGUGGCUGAGUUGGCAUUGUCCAUUAGAAACAGGACCAGGUUACAUUUUGGGCUGUACCACUCACUAUUUGAAUGGUUCAAUCCUCUCUUUCUCAGUGAUGCCUCUAGUGCAUUCAGAACCAAACAAUUUCCAAAUGCCAAGUCACUCCCAGAGCUCUAUGAGAUUGUGACUCGGUACAAGCCAGAGAUUCUGUGGUCAGAUGGAGACGGGAAUGCCCCAGACACAUAUUGGAACAGCACUGGAUUUCUAGCUUGGCUUUAUAAUGAGAGCCCAGUUCGGGAUACAGUUGUAACAAAUGAUCGCUGGGGAGCUGGCACUAUCUGUAAACAUGGAGGAUAUUACACUUGUUCAGAUCGCUACAAUCCAGGCCAUCUUUUGCCUCAUAAGUGGGAAAACUGCAUGACAAUUGACAAACAGUCAUGGGGGUACAGGAGGAAUGCACAGCUGAGUGAUUAUCUCACAAUUGAAGAGCUUGUAAAGCAACUUGUAGAAACUGUGUCCUGUGGAGGAAACCUCUUGAUGAACAUUGGACCCACCCAUGAUGGUGUCAUUCCUGUUAUUUUUGAAGAGCGCCUGACGCAAAUGGGGAAAUGGCUGUCAGUGAACGGGGAAGCCAUUUUCAGUACUAAACCUUGGAGAGCCCAGAAUGACAGUCUUACACCAGGAGUAUGGUACACUUUCAAACCAAAAGAAAAUGUCUUGUAUGCCAUUUUCCUUAACUGGCCAUCAUCUGGAUUUCUUGUACUUGGUGAGCCAAAAGGUAUUGCUGAGAUGACAGAGGUAAAAAUGGUUGGAUAUGGAGAACCGCUGAAAUGGACUUCAGGAGAAAAGGGAAUGGUAGUGGCUAUACCUCAGUUGCCCUUUAGUAAACUGCCCUGUGAAUGGGGUUGGACACUGCAGCUGACCAAUGCAAAUUAGUGGCAAACAUCCCUUACUUUUGAAUUUCCA